CCCACCACUCCAGAGCUGACUCCUGCACUCGAUUUGCAUCUGUUCAGAAUGACAUUAUCAUCCGAUUAGCAAGGUGUUUAGAAAUUGAUCUGCGCUGGUCGGGACGUGAAACUUACAACAGCGGUCGCAACGCUAGCUCUGGCAGUGCACCCCACUAACGUAACUCUGCCCGGUUUUGUAAUCAUGCCCCCUAAAAGGACGGUAUCAAAUAAAGGUGAACAAAAUGCAAACGGAGCAAAGCAGCUCAGAAGAUCUGUGAGAUUGCAGAAAAAUGCUGCUACUGCCCCCGCCACUGGCCCAAAGGAAGACUCCAAACCACAGAAACGUAGCAAGAUCCCUCAAAAGGCCAAGAAACAGCCCAAAGUAAAGAUAACUAAGGAAGAGGCUGCACCUGCUCAAAAUGGAGAAACAAAACCUGAUAAGAUCCAUGUUUCACGAUCCUCUGUUAGUGUGACAUCAGCUAGAAGUAUCCCUCCCAGCUCACUGUCAGUGAAAGGACAGGUUGAGCAUGUGGCAGUGAAGGGAGCAGAAAACUGAAUCUACAAAUGAUCAGACUGACUGAGAACCCCAUCAACAACUUCAGUCGAUUUUUGUGUACCACCUUGUAGAAUUGAAAAUAUUUUUAUCAACUAUUUUGUAAAUACAAUUAUUUUUAGGGUUAGUUGUAACUUUAGUGUAUGUAUGCUGAAACAUAUUGAGAAAAUAGGGAAAUUUGUAACUUCAUACACUGCUUAAAGGUACAGUUUUAUAAUUGGAAAGGUUUUUGACUAGCAUUCUCCUAGAAUACUUUUGGAUGGGGUGUUUAAUGGGCUUUAAUUCUUCAGUGGUGUUUAGUGCUUCAAAAUGAUUUAAAAGGUGGAGUUGUAAUCUUGGUUGCAGUUUUUGAAUUUUUUUAUAUAAAGCAAUAAAUGAAUGGUGACAUGUAUUAAAACUUGAUGUGAUCACCUGCUUGUCUAAUUUGCAAUAAACCAUCUCCUGUUUACUAUAGAA